AUGGCUGCCACGCAUUCCCAACCCGACGUGGUGGAUGAGCAUGAUGCUCAGCCUAUGGUUGAGUCAACUCAACCCAGCACCCGUCCAUCGAUCUUUCGAUCAAUUCCAUUCCAGAUUGCUAUUGCUAGUGGUGUCUCCUUCACCGCUCCUGGUAUGUGGGAUGCCUUGAACAAUCUGGGUGCUGGUGGUGCUGCAGAGCCCUACGCUGUAUCUGCAGCAAAUGCCCUGGUCUACGGUUUAUUCGCAAUCGUUUGUGUGGCGGCGGGUGCUAUCAACAACCGCAUUGGCCUCCGUUAUGGAUUGACACUUGGAGCUAUCGGCUACCCCAUCUACGGUGCCGGUCUUUACACCAACAACAACUCGGCAAACACGUGGUUCAUGCUCUUCGGUAGUGCCUUGUGUGGUAUUUCUGCUGGAUUCUUCUGGGCUGCCGAGGCUGCCAUUAUCAUUGGAUACCCUAGCCCUCACGAGCGUGCAUUCUACCUUGCUAUUUGGCAAACCGCAAAGGCCGCUGGCCCCAUUGUGGGAGGUGCAAUCAACUUGGGCCUCAACGCACAGAAUUCAUCUACCGGAUCCAUCAGCUCUAGCACUUAUAUCGUGUUCAUUGUCAUCAUGUGCCUUGGAUUCCCCAUUGCGCUGCUUCUCAGCCCCGCCGAGAAGGUGCAGCGUAAGGACCGAACUCUGGUCCUCGUGCACAAGCAAGCCUCCUGGGGUGCCGAGUUCAUAGCUGCAAUCUCUUUGCUCGCUACUCGCCGCGUUCUCCUCCUCCUCCCGUCCUUCUUCAUCAGCUACUUCUACAACGGCUUCCUUAGCACGUGGCUCACCACCUACUUCAGCGUCCGAGCUCGCGCCUUCUCCUCCUUCUUCACCAACUUCGCCGGUGUUGCGUCGUCGUUCAUCAUCGCUGGACUCCUCGAUCGCCAGGGUAUUCACAUCAAGACCCGCGCCAAGAUCGCCUUCAUCUCCAUCGUUGUCGUCCUCACCGGCACCUGGAUCUGGGCUUCAAUCCUCCAGAACCAGUACUACAGUGCUCCCGAGUCCCCAGUCUUCGACUGGUUCACCGGCGGCUUCGGAAAAUCUUACGCUCUCGUCUUCUUCUGGACUUUCGGCGGCCAGGCAUUUCAACAAUUCCUGUACUGGCUUAUCGGUCAAUAUAGCACCGAUAUUUCGUCUCUGUCCUACCACUGCGGUAUUCUCCGUGGAUUCGAGGCUCUGGGCCAAACUGUGGCCUGGGCUAUGCAAACUGAAGGUGGUGCCAACCACUUUGUCAGCAUCGGUCUUAACUUUGGAAUCACGCUUCUUGCUGUUGUUCCAACCUGGAUCGUUUUGUCCGAGCUUGAGCACAGCCAUGAGGUUCAAGUGACGGCGGAGGAUGUCUCACCCAAGAUCCAGGAUGAGACCCAGGCCUAA